CCGCCGGGACGGGGCCGCGCUCUCUCGAAGCGCAGCGCCCGGCGUGCGGGGACGAAGCGGGAGCGCUGCCGGCGGCCAAGCCCGGGGGAGGGUUUUGCCGGGGGUCGGUGUGCCGGCGGCAAGGCGCCCCGGUUCGUCCAGUGGCAGGGCCGGCCGCGCACGGAUUGCGGAAAUCCCCGUGGGGAGGAGGCGUGGGAGGGAAAAGGGGAAUGGCCUAAACCGGGCGAGCGGCGGGCUCGGUGCGGCACGGCACAGCACGGCACAGCACAGCACAGCACAGCACGGUCCGGCUGGGCUCGGGCAGUCACCCGCCUCCCGCGCCGCUGCCAUGGAGCCGCGAAGCUAUGGAUUUCUGUUACUGCUCCUUCCUAUCCUGAAAGCUGUUAUUGCACUGGAGGAGAAGAUCAUCGUCAGUAAACUUGGAGACAACGCUACACUCAGUUGCAUUUAUCAAGGAAGAGAACUGCACUUAAAAAAUUUACGGGUAUAUUGGCAAAUAGCUGAUGAUCAAGAAGAGUGUUCGGUUGUACAUGCAAUGAUCUCUGGUCAAGACAACGAAAGUGAACAGUGUAUUCACUUUAAAAACCGGACUCAAUUAUUCUGGGAUAGAUUGGAAAAUGGCGAUUUUUCUCUGCUACUGCUAAAUGUCAGCCAGAGUGAUGAACGUAGGUACAAAUGCGUAGUACUGCAGAAAACUGAAUAUACUAGAGUGAUUCACCAGGCAGAAGUCGUUCUCAGUUUAGCAGCUAGUUAUAGCCAACCAAUACUCAGUGGACCAGUAAGAAACGGUGACAGCACUGGAGAGGAGGUGACUUUCAGCUGCAGGUCCGGGAAUGGAUACCCAAAACCCAAUGUCUAUUGGAUAAAUAAAACGGACAACAGCCACCUGCCUCCAUCAGAGCUAAAGAUCACCCCCCACGCCGAUGGGACCUACAGCGUUUUUAGCACACUGAAGGUUAAAGCCACUUCUACCAUGCAAAUAGAGUGCUCCGUAGAAAAUAAAAUACUGCAGGAAAAUCUAUCAGCCAACUACACACAGCAGAAGCAAAGCGGUUCUAGCAUAGAAAGUAACAAAAACCUGGAAAAAAAUGGAAAAGGUGCUCAAGCAGCUAGCAUCAUUUCCAUUGUCAUUGUGAUAGGUCUUCUAGCUGUUUUUACCUGCUGGCUGUGGAGACGGAGACCCUCUAAACUAGUGUCCUACACAGAUGUCCAAUCAAAUGAAGACAAAGGAGGACUCAACUCACCUGUCUAACUGGAAAGCCUGACAACAAUUUGGGCAGCUGGGGAUGUGUCAAGAGAAGCAUCACUCCCUAUCUCAGUGGCAGCACUGCUUGCAUUACAAGUGACAGAUUUCUGCAGACUAUGCCAAGAGAGAUAGCCAAAAAAAGAAAAAAAUGCUUCUCCAACACAAGAGACAGCAAAAUUUGCUGGAUUUCUGUUCCAGCCACUGGCUGUGUCCACACAACAGUUGUGUCACCAUGCCAGCCAACCACUUUGGACAGUCCUCUGUGAUAGUCUCUCAAGUGCACUGAGCUCUCGCGCUGGGGAAAGCAGUAAGCCUGGGACUUCACUACUCUGUGCCAAAGCGCUGAGAGCUGGUGAGUGCCCAGUCUCCCAUCAUCAGUUCUGAGGACUUUGUUAGCAGCAAAAGCAACUGCGUUUCAGGAGCGUGGGAAGUUCUUGCUGUGACUCCUUACCCUGAUGAUGACUACUGAAUGCGAAGACAGACAGAAAACUGAAGGACUCUCUGCAAAGUGAGAUUUGUGACCUUUUCCACCUUUCUCUCUCUACAGAACGUGCUUUCAUUGUCUGGUUUCACCAGCUGCAUGACACUGUGUACAGAACUAGGGAGAACGUUUUGACCCAGUCCUCCAAAAAUGGGAGUUGCUCUAAUGGGGUUAAGCACUGAAUGCGUUAACGUAAGGGAACGUGCAUUCUUUAAAUGCACUUGAUAUCAACAUUUUGGUUUUUUACCAAACAUUCUACUGAAAAGGGGACUUCCACUUUUGACAGAAGCCGGUGUGUACUGUGUGAAAGAACAGGCUGUGGAAGCCUGACUGACUAAAAAUAGUGGUCUCAGCUAUGUUAAUGUCAGGUUACCUGGACUUACCCUUUUCAGGAUGGAACAAAAACUGUGGUCGAGCUCUGCUUGAUUCAGCUGGUCUUUGUUUAAGCACUCCCUUGUGGCUUCCAGGGAGGAUUGUAAACUGAAAUUUUUUAACUGAACCUCUCCUUGUGUCCUAUCCCUCCACCAAAAAAGUGUGCCACUGCCCGUGCCUCACUGGUUCAGCCCCAAGCCAGCCAAGAACAACUGGUUGGAAAUAGCAAAGCAGUAAACUUUGCUGAUGGUAUGAAGUUUUGAAGGAGGAGGAAUCUAUACUAGCUCUCUUGCCUAGGUGGGGCAGUCUCCCCAUCUUAUCAUGGGAAUAGUGGAGAUUAUGAUUUUAAACUGAACCCUGGAAACACCUGGUUUCUCCUGCACCAGUUGCUAGACUAAAAUUCUACCAUUUCUGUAAGUCACAGCCGUGUUUGUCCUGGCUCUGCAGGGGUGAGGCACUCCAGUGUCAACCGUGAGACAGGGCGUAUUUUUCAUAUCAAGAUCAGCUUUCAAAUCCCAGAGCCAAGUGAAGAUAGAUUUUUUUGUUGUUGUCCUGUUUUCCUGCCAUGUGGAAUCCAGAACGAUUUGGCAAUAGCACAAUUCACUUUUGUUGAAGUGAUACCCCGCAAGGAGGCUCAGACUUAGGCAGCUGCGUACCACCGCUGCACCAGGAUCUUGCGGGAGGACUGCACAGGAUGAGCCUCCAUGGCACUUAAGAGAAGGGACAGUUCAGCUCUCAUGUGAUGCAGUCUAGGCUUACUCACCAAUUUGAACAGGAUAGGAAAAAUCAGUUUUUUGUUGGUCGUUUUUGUUGGUUUUGUUUUGUUUUUUUUUAAAAAAAAAGCCAAGCUGCAACUAAGUAAUUAAGCUCGUCUCCUGUUUAGACUGUAAGUAACUGUGUACAAUUGUGGUUUUUAAACGACAUUUUAUCUAUUAAUGUCAAAAAAGGUAUGUUGCGUGUUUGCUAAGCUUCAAUGUCUAUGAAAAAUACUGUUUUAUUUAUUAGUUUCACUUUUGUCCUCUAUUGCCUUCCCAUCUACAACUGUAAGAUACCCUAUCAGGUAGGGCAUUUGUCUCACAGCAUUUGUCAAAUAAGAUUACUGAGGUGCCAUAAGUUAUUUUAAGUGUCAGCCUUUCCUUGUCUUCUCUCCUGCCCAUUAAUCUAGGUGUUAGAUAUUUUCUUGAGUCCACAUCUAGUCUUCAGUGAACCCUUCCCUAAAGGGAAAUUGCUUGAAGAAAGCAUGCAAUCUUGCAGACACCUUAAGAAUGUGAACAAUAUCUGUGUGGAUGCGAAGGGUAACCAUUUCCUAGCAGUUCAGCGAGAAGUCCUGCAGACGUGUUUCCUCACUAUCUACCACAUGAGGCUGUUUAGCUCAGCCUCUUUGGUGCCUCUGUAACUGACAGAAGCCUUUUCUAAAAACAGUUUUCUUCCUUUAUGUUCUGCAACUGCAAGAAGCUGUAACUGUUCACAGAUGUAAAAGUGACCUAGCAGUUAUUUCACAAUAUGUUGUUAAGCUAAUUUAGACUGGUUGGAUUUUCUUACUUCUGGGCUACUUCACGGUACAUAGUGCACACAUCUAAACGCAACAGGCUGCUGUUGCAAAAGCCAUGCUUUCAAUUGGUUUUGGUUUCCAGCUGGUUUUGAAGGCAAGUAAAUCCCAGAUGACAGUUGGUUGUUGCCAUUCAAAUUUUGUAAUAAGAGUUUUUGUCAUCAUGUAACAGGUUUACAUUUUAAAUAAAACCC